AUGAAGCUCAAGGGCGAAAUUACAAGUGGUUUGGCCCAGCAUGAGCGAUUGGUGUUGAGACCAGAAAUCAACGAAGAGCUGAGUAUCCAGAGCCUGCCACAGAAGGUGGACAACCACAUGCCUAUUGGCCGUGUCCUAUACCUGAAGAUGACCAGCUUCCUCCAGAACCACAUCAAGAGGUACGGACGUGGUGGAAUCUUUGAUGCUGCUCCAUCCAGAAUGCCAAGCAAAGCAAUGGCUUCAACAGAUGCGCCUGCUCAACAACAAGAUGCUGUUGCACCUGUUCAGCAGCCAGGUGAACCACCUGCACCAACACCUUUGACUUGGGCCAUGCAACAACCGAACAGACUUGAUGGACAUCCUUUCAGUCCUAUACGGGCGAGUAUGGCACGUGAACCUGGCCCAUACUUUGUGGAUGAUGAUCCCUGGGAUUGCCCUGGCCUUCCACAUGCUGUUCGACUGAAGCAGCUGAAGCACAUGAACAAUUACGAAGAUGGAGAACAAUCCAGUGACGAUGCUGAACCGUCAGGUGCUCAUGGUUCCCAUGACCAAUGCUACAUCGCUGCAGCUCUUUCAGCGGCCUGUAUUGCCGAUGCCUUUUUGAUAGUCAUGGCAACACCCUCAGAGGUUUUCCCUGAAAGACUUCUCUCCAGAGGAUCGUAA